GUGGGCUGGACAGCGAUCUUGUGCUUUGAGCUUUCUCGGGGAGGCAUAUAAGAGAGCUCCGAGUCGAGAAAUUGGGCACUUCAGUCAAAAUUCGUUUGACGACAAGAUACACUACGAAAUAACGAGAAAUGGCUCUAGAACGUCAAGUCCGCGCCAAGAUCGCCGCUAAGCGCGAUCCCCAGCAGGAGAAGGAAGCUCAGGAAUGGAUCGAGACCGUUCUGGGAAAGAAAUUCCCCGCCGGUGAAGCCUUCGAGGACGUUAUCCGCGACGGACAAGUGCUCUGCCACCUGAUGAACAAAAUUGCCCCAGGAUCGAUCCCUAAAAUCAACACGAGCGGUGGACAGUUCAAGAUGAUGGAAAACAUCAACGUCUUCCAGAAAGCCCUGAAGGAGUACGGCGUCAACGACACUGACGUCUUCCAAACGGUGGAUCUUUGGGAGAAGAAGGACAUAGCGCAAGUCAUCACGACACUUUUCUCCCUCGGACGCACGACGUACAAACACCCCGAGUGGAACGGACCUUACCUCGGACCGAAACCAGCGGAGGAGUGCAAACGCGACUUCACCGAGGAACAACUUCGUGCUGGACAAGGAAUGAUCGGCCUCCAGGCCGGCUCGAACAAAGGUGCCACCCAAGCUGGACAGAGCAUCGGCGCUACCCGCAAAAUCCUCCUCGGAAAGUAAACUAGCGAACCGCUCGUCGAGCGAAGAUAAAUCUUCGAAAAAGUACUCCUCGAUUGUCUGUCGAAUUUCCCUCCCCUUCCCCACCGCCCUUUCUCUCACUGUACGUAUGUGUAUUUAUUUUACCUCUUUUUGUAACUGGAUAAUAUAAUUUUACGUUAUUGUUUAAA